UUUACUUCUGUUAACGUCUGCUCUGUAAAUGUUGUUGCUCUUCAACAAGUCAUAGAUUACUUCCCCCUUUGGAUAAUGUGGCCGAUCAACAGUCAGAAUGAGAAGAUUUUGCUUUUAUUUAACUUUUAAUUUGAAUAGAAAACACAUUUGAUGCCGAACUCUUGAGUAACCAGUUACAACAAAGCCUUUUCUUGUAUUCUGCAAUAUAUGUACCGGUUCUGUAAGAGUUCAGAGACAUUUUGAUAAGCAGGCAUUCAUUAACUGAUAAGAAAAGCCACAUGUGCACAGCUGUAAUAGUUAUGCAAUAGUUAUAUCUUACAAUGUGGAAGUAAUUAGAGAGAAUACACAAGGCCACAUUAUGCAUUGUUUCAGUGAAUAAUCGCUCAAAUGACUUUUCUGAAAACAACUUUGCACAAUAAACCACUAAAGCAGGAGAGCCACAUCCCUGUUCAAAUACAGAGAUUCAUUCAAAGCGGCUGCAGGUGAAAAUAUAUACUAUAGUUUUUUUUUGAAUUUUUUAAUCUGCAGGUGUUGAAUGCGUUUUGUACAUGAAUAAACUAAUGACUGACAGUUACCAUUAUUUAACGGAUACUGCAGAUUUCAAGCAUGAUCGCUCAUUCGUGCACAUCCUGCUUGGCAAGAUGCAGAUGGAGGCUAGUAGCUACAAUAGUUGGUUUCUUAAGAUGGCACUUUUUUUUUUACAGUUAUGGAGAUGUAAUUUUAGAGUGUUAAAGCUGCACAUUCUCACAUUGAUAUAAUAUAUAAGCGCAGUAGACUCAGGACAGAAGAAGUGACAUCCAGCAGUGUUUAGAGAAACGUCCUGGAUGGAAACUUGUCAAAGAGGGAAGAAGUGAAAGAGGCAAAGAGAGGUCGAGUCAGACCAGACGCGACACACUCACCACUCGCCCCUCGAGAUCACUGAGGACAGAAGAGAGAUAGAAAGAGAGUUUCGUCCUCGGGAGGCAGAGACCGACUUGUCGCGGGCGCCGAAUCAGGAUGUUGGCUCUCAUCUGGGCGUCUCUGUUCUUAUCUGUGAGAGGCAACAAUACAGUCAACGACACAGUUUUUCUACGCAUCUUAAAUAGCUCUGCGUGUGAGGUUCAGAUGAAGGUCGUGACCUGUGUGUGCCUCACUGAGGGGUUCCCCUUGCCCACCGUCACGUGGAAGCUGUUGAAAAACGUUGUUGUGCACUCUGUCGUCGCCGCCCCCGCCGCAGUGUCAUCGAACUACGCGGUCAACAGCACCAUCGUCCUCACUGUGAGCGACCACAGGGACGCCGCUCUGUGUGUCAGCCACAACGCCGGCGGGGUAGUAGAACUAAAGCUCACAAUCCCAGCGAAUGAGUCCAAACACGAGGAUCUACUCAAAGAACUGUUGAUGACCCUUCAACAGCCGCAAGUCAUCAUUGCGUUUGUGAAUGGGAUUUUUCUUUCAGCAACCAUCUGCUGUUUGACCAGAGCAUGCCACAGAAAAAAAAAGAGAAGAUCCGUCAAUUUGGCUGAGGACAUGGAGAUGGUGACGGUUCCAGCGAUCGAUAAUGGUGAAGCAGUGGGAGAUGAUGACAGGACCCGUUACCAAGAUGCAGCUGAAGGAGGAGCUGAGGCUGCUGGGAUGUCAGCCCCCGAUGGGUACCAGGCACCAAAAGAGGUGGAGUACUCCAACAUCGUCUUCUCUGCACUGGGAAGGAGUGUCGCCGAGUCCAAUGAUGCUCAAGAAGCCACAGAGACCGAGUACGCUGAAAUCAAGAACGAAGCAGCACAGGAGAGACCGGACGACGGUGGAGCUUUGGAGGAAGGCGAGGAGGAGGAGGCGAUGGAGGAGGGGGAUGAGAGGGAGACGGGAUAGAGUGUGUUGGCAGAGGAAGGAGGUUAGGAUGUGGUGCUGUAUUCUCAUGUGUCUAGGUAAAUAAUGAGCCGGCUGGACCUCAGGGUACAUUUCUCUAUAUACAUACAUGUAUUGUAUUGAUACAUGGAAACGUAAUGAAUUCAAUGAAACAGACGCAUGUUAGGCAGAGGUCAAUUUAAUGGUCUUUGUCUGAAGUUACUCUUGUAAUAUGUUGUUGCUCUGAUGGCUUUUCUCACUUUUACGUGUAAACGACAAUCCUCAUCUUUGCCUGAAGUAAUUGAGACUGUGCAACUCCAUUCACUUAAAAUACCAUUUAAUUAUUCAUUUAUAUAUACGAUCGCAGCUUCCCAAGACCGGUUCCCCCAUCAGACAUCAGGCAUGAGCCUGGUGAGAACAAGUAAACUUUUUGCCCUAAUAAUCUCUAAUGUCUCUCACAGGCUUCACAGAUGCUCUGUCAGGGGGAAUCGACAGCUUUUUGUAGCAUUUCAGCUUUUUGUGACUUCUUCUUCUCAUAUUAUUAUUAAUUUUAUUACAAGAAAUACAUUUAUGUGAAAUAUAAAAUAAAAUCAAUUACCAUAAAGACUUCCAAGGAGCUUAUUGUACAGAAUUUCCCUGUUGAAACUUUGUCGUGUCCCUUUUUGUACAUCAAUUGAUUGAACAGUUUGAAAAUAAAAAUACUGCUGUGUUCAUGGGAAAGUU